AUUUCAUCAUGAUUCGGACAGCUGAAUAUUGCUUCUCCCCCUUUUUUUUUAAUCCUUUCUCUUUUUCUUCCGCUUUCUUGAUUGUGUGUUGCAGUUGAUUUCUCUACUUGCUUUAUCCUGUCUACUGUACUUUUUUUUUUACUAUCUCUCACGUGGCGUCCACGGACCUAAAAAUAAAAUCCAGCGAUGCAAAUCGAGCGAUCCGUAGCCACUUCGACAAAGCCUAAGCGACGGCCUUCAUAUAUCAACCUGAGCACUGCCUCCAGCUGCAGUGAUGCACUUUUAUCUCCUCGUACUCCGAAAUCCAUUUCGAAAUCUCGUCGAUCAUCGGUUGUGCAGGAACUACUGAGCGAUUCCCGAGCAUCGUCUCGAAGGAACAGUCUUGCCAACUCGCAGUCCAACACUUCCCAGCCACCCCUGACUCCUGUUUUACUCUCGGAUAGCACCACAAGCUUCUUUCAGGACUUGGCCUUGCAAGACGAUAACGAUUCUCACUCUUCGGAUCCUCGUCACCUCAGUGUCGAUGACGACAGUAUCCAUUCUUCAGGUCGUCCACGAUCGUCAUCGGUGACCAGCAUCAUAACCGCCACUGGAGCCACAUCAGCUCCUCUUCCCAGCUUUGACGUUCAUACCUUGUACAAGAUCAAAACCACCCGAUCAUCCCGUAAACUGGAUCACUUUUUCGGAGAAACAGCGCCUCACGAUAUCUGUAUCAAGGAAAUUCGCAAAGAAGGCAUUAAGGCCAUGUUACAGUCCAAAAUCCCCUUGUGUUACUUCUUAUUCCAUUUACUGGAAGAAUACAGCAGUGAAAAUCUCUUCUUCUUUAUCGAAAUUGAACAAUACGAAAGCUUUGCUUACACUUCCAUUGUUCAGCAACUGGCGACAGCUCAGCAUAUCUACAACACCUAUCUCACCAGCAAAAGUUUUUUUGAAGUGAAUUUGGACGAUAAAGUACGACGUGAUGUGACGGGAGCUCUUCAGAGGAAAGAUUUGGAUGGCUGUUUCAACAGUGCCAAGCGUGCCGUUUAUACAUUACUUGAAUCCAGCUAUAUGCGAUUCCUAUCGACCGAUAGCUUUCAACAGAUGGUCAAGCAUUGUGGUAUGUCAAACAUGGAACUCUAGACAAUGCGUUCGCCUACUGAUAUUCUUCAUAUCUUUUUUUUUUUUGUUAAAAAAAAAAGGAGAACAUACC